ACGUAGACAGGGUGGAAAUACCAUAGACUGUAUAAAAACAGGGAAAUACACGGUGUAGCUAGAUAACCGCUUUCAUUUGAAUUAAUGUCUGUGUUUAAAAAGAAGCUUUGAAAACUUUGAAAAGUCAAUUGUUAUCCUAGGUUGCAGGUCUGGCUGGAACAGGAACCAUCCCACUACCUCAACUACAAGCAAUCACCAUGGAGGUAUGCAAUGUUCCACCAGGCUGUCAAAUGUCCUGCUCGUUUUUUGGGUGCAAGAGGACCUACAAUAGUCCUGAAGCACUGAAUAGUCAUCUUCAGGACCAUCAAAAGAACACUGCCGCUUCUCUGUCUCUUCCAGGGAAAACCUUCAUAUGCUCUCAUAUAGGAUGUGAUGGUUCAUUCAACAACAUGCAGCAGCUAAUGGAACAUAUGAGGCACCACCACAAGCCAAAUAAUUUUUUCCUGUGCGAGAGCUGCAGGGCCAAACUGCGUUCUUACCGCACUCUUCUCAAACACCUGCAGACCUGUGCUAAAGUUGCUAAGAACAAGGCUGCAAAAAUAGAGACUGGAAUGGCACCUGACGCAGAUCCCACCAAUGUUCCGCUCGCUUCCGCUGACAUGGAAUCAUCUGGACCCCUCUUAGCCCCAAAUGCACCUGAGGAGAUGGAGUCUAUGCCCUCUUUGCCCACAAAUCCAACACUGGCAAGCAUGCCAGUAACCCAGCGGCUCCCAGAAAACAACGCAUUCGCUAACCCCAUACCUGCAGGGCCUGUAACUGUGCCCCUUGCCACUCUAAAUCCUGCCUCAAUCCAAAAUCUUCUUUGCCAACCAGAAUCUCCCUACAGCUCUUUUCCACCUACUCUGUCUCCUGUUAACCCAGUCUUCCAGGCUGAUCCGGGGCUACAGCAGCAGCAGAGGUCUCCUAGGUCUGGUCCUCCCAGUCUGGCCGCUUCACCACCCCUGCCGUCACCACCAGGAUCAAACGCAGUCUGGAGGAAGAACCAAGGUCAGUCCUUCAACUGCCGCAUCCUGUGGGAGCACACAAGAGGUCGGUACAGUUGCCUACAGUGCGGCCACUGCACCCCAGACCGGGGGGAGAUGACCACUCAUAUUGAGGGCCAACACAAGAACCCAGGGGGCAAAGUAAACACUGAUCAUGAUACAGAGAUUGCCACCGCAUCUUUACCGGCUAAGACUUCACUAAACUCUGAGAACUCAACUUAUACACAGCUCUAACAUGAAAUGAGAUGCUAAACCUGCUGAUUGACAAAUAAUUUUGGUAGUAGCAUUUUAUACAGAGGGAGAUACUCAAUUUUUAUUUCACCGACAGUGUGGACUUCAAGCGUCUGUGGUCUGGAUCUGUCAAUAUCACUAUUCAAACACAUGAAGAGCUGCAUGCCUUCCCUUCAGUAAGCAUUUAUGAGUCACCUAGACUAAGAAAAUAUCUUGUUAGGUUUCAUUAAAUAAUUUGAAAUGGCAUAUAAAUAAACUCCGUAAUGUUGUAAUAUUAUGUCACCUGCAUUUUUAUUUUUCCUUUUUACGAUAGGAAGUAUCUGCAAUAGAGAACAGCAAUUGUGUUCAAAAUGAAUGUGUCGUUUGAGUUAAAAACAUAAAAUUAUGCCAAAUGUUCAGUCUAUUUCAGUUUAUUCGAGAAUAAACCAUUUUGUUUCUAGACCAGUUGUUUGUACUGUUCACUACCUGCAAAUAAAACCUGUCUAGAAAAUGUAA